GAUAAACACUACCUUUAAAAAACUCACAACUAGCCAUUGACCAUCCGGAUCCCAUCAAACAUCACGUUCUCAAACCAUGUCGCAUAAUAUCCUCAUCACGGGCGCCUCGGGCUAUCUGGGCGGCACGAUCCUCGCCCGGUGGAGCAACGCCAAGCUCCCACCACACAACAAGCUCUACGCGCUCGUGAAGACAGACGAGCAAGGGGAAAAGGUCAAACAGUACGGCGCUGAGCCGUUGGUUGCCAACAUCCGCGACCAUGAGACCAUGACCCAACUGAUCGUGGACAACAACAUCACCAUCAUCUAUUUCCUGAUCGACGCCUUCACCGGGCAGCACCAACCUACCCUGAUCAGGGCCUUGGGGCUCGUGAAGCAGAAGACAAAUCUCAAUGUACACUUCCUGCAAACAACGGGCGCGAAGCUCUUCAGUCGGCAUGCAGGCCUCCCAACGGACCGACCGUUGUUGGAUACUGAUCCGAAUCUGUACGACGUUGUGAAGAACGCUACGCCGCCGCACGAGUUUGUGAUCGAGCCAGCGAAUGCCAAUUUGAAUGUGAUCGACAUGUCGGAGGCCCAGGGAGUGCGAAGCUACGUCUUCGCUCCCUGCUUGGUGUACGGCAGAGGAGAAGGAUUCGGGAACCAGAUCUCCAUCCAAGAUGUCGAUAUCGUGAGAGCGGCGAAGAAGCUUCGCGGUGUUUAUCGUGUGGACACGGAUAAUCCGAGCUGGCCUGUGUGCCACGUCGCUGACACCGCGGACCUGUAUCUGCAGAUUCUGCGCAAGAUUCUCCGGGGCGAGGAGAUCGGUUAUGGCAAGAAUGGCUUCUUUCUCGCUGCAUCGGGAAGCCUGCCUUGGAAUGACGUCUACGAAGCAGUGGCUAAGGCGUUGGCCAAGCGCAAUGCUAUAGAUGAUGCGAUCGUCAGGGAUGCUGACGAGAAGGUUUUGGUCAGAAUGGGCGAGGCGCUUGGCGUCCCUCCAUCUGCCGUCCCUGUCGUUCUCGGAGGAGAUUGUUCGUUCACUGCUAAACAUGGUAACCAGAUUGGCUGGACGGCCAAAUACCCUCCGGAGCAUUUCUUGGAGAUUGUCGAUGAAGAAGUGGAGCUCAUUUUGCAAAACCUCGUCGAAUGAGCUAGGAAAGAUAGGUGGAAGGUAUUGCAUUGGACUAGUGCAACGGGAUGUAAAAUUAGUAGCAUACAAUUCAU